AAGUUAGAAAAACGAGCGAAAAUCGUGAGAUAAUUGUUUACGAUUAUGUUUUAAAUCAUCAAAACCACUUGUUGUUGAGUUAAAAAAUUGUAAUUUUAUGCAGCAGUGAAAUAAUAAUAGAUUACAACAGUUUAAAGUUAUCUUUUUACCAGUGAAAUGUGUAUUCCGGCAUAAUGCCUGCUAGGACCCGCACAGUCAGAGCGCCAAAAGCGUCCAAAGAAAAUGUAGACAACCUGCUCAAAAAUAAGGCGAAAAACACAGGGCAAGUCACAAAACCGGCACGUAAACCUUUGGCGGACAAAACGAACUCUGCUUCAGAUGAGAAUACUAGUCCAGAGCCUGUAAAAAAGGUUAUCAAGACGUCGAGCAAACCAAUACGAAAACCUAGUGCAACAGUUCCGGUUACUAAUGACGAAAACAGACCACGUAGAAAUAGGCGUCUGCCACCUAGAUAUGUUGAAAACGAAGUGUUAAACAAACUGUCUAACAGUAAAGAAAAUGCAGUUUCUCCUACCAAGUCACUUAAAAAAACCCCUGUUAAAAGCACCGUGAAUGUAGAAUCGCCAUUCAAAACGCCAACUACAGUACUAGAUAACAGUCUGCUUGCAAAUAGACCGAAGAGAGUCAGCAGGCUACCAUCUAAAUUUGAUGAAAACUCAAGUCCUAACAAGUUUGUUCCAACUCAUUGUCAUACUAGCACACCACUGGUGUCUAAAGCACAUGAGAAGCCUAAAGAUGUUAGAAAAGCGGUUGUUGGCAAACAGAAACAAUCCCAACAACAAAAAAUUGAAAAUGCACCAUUACAAAUAAUGCCACGAAGAGUUUCACCAAGAAAAGGUACAUUGCAGAAAGCAUCAUCACAAAAUACUUCAUCAGAAAAAGCUACCUCACGGAAAGUGACACCUCAAAAAAGUCCUCAAAAUCAAAUACCCAACAAAGUUACACCACAGAAAACUAAGGUCACUCGGAAAAAACUUGUACAAAAGAAAUUAAGUGAAGUUGUGAAGAACAACAUAGAUACAAACUUAAAUCAGAAACAAGAAAGGGUAAGACGGCUGAGAAACCCUGUCAAAUAUAAAGAGGAUACCCUAAGUCCAAAAGUAGAGAGUCCUGAAAAGAAAUCAACAAAUACUGAACGCAGGAAAAUUUUAAAAGCGAAUUCUUCAUUUAGAAUUCUAGAAGAGAAAAAAUCGAAAAAUGGUGAACAAGACAUUUAUGAAUUCACAUUUGACCCCUCUGAAGAACCUGCACCUCAAAAGAAGAAAAGGAAGAAAGUUACUACUAGAAAACCGACCAAACCAAAGACGAGAGUCUAUAACAACAAUUAUGAGAAAAACAUCGCAAGAGCUUUGGCAGACUUGAAAAAUGUAGUUACCAAACAAAAACCAGACAGUCAAACGGCCACAAAAACCACAAAUAGUGUGCACUCAGGUACGCAACAAGCAAGUAACAAAACAGUAGUCUCUGCUCCUAACCCAUCUUCAACAGUCAUCAGCACAGUUGCCGAGAUACACCCUGAUUAUGAGCAAAACAAGGCAAGAGCUUUGACAGACUUGAAAAAUGUAGUUACCAAACAAAAACCAGACAGUCAAACAGCCACAAAAACCUCUAAUAGUGUGCAACCAGGUAAUAAUGUUAUGCAACCAGCAAAUAACAAAACAACAGUCUCUGCUCCUAACCCAUCUUCAACAGUCAUCAGCACAGUUGCCGAGAUACACCCUGAUUAUGAGAAAAACAAGGCAAGAGCUUUGACAGACUUGAAAAAUGUAGUUACCAAACAAAAACCAGACAGUCAAACAGCCACAAAAACCUCUAAUAGUGUGCAAACAGGUAAUAAUGUUAUGCAACAAGCAAGUAACAAAACAGUAGUCUCUGCUCCUAACCCAUCUUCAACAGUCAUCAGCACAGUUGCCGAGAUACACCCUGAUUCUGAGAAAAACAAGGCAAGAGCUUUGACAGACUUGAAAAAUGUUGUUUCUAAACAAAAUCCGGAGAGUGAAACAGCCACUAAAAUCUCAAAUACUGUGCAACCAGGUAAUGUUAUGCAACAAGCAAGUAACGAAACAGCAGCACCUAACCCAUCGUCAAUAGUCAUCAGCACAGUUGCCGAGAUACACCCUGAUCCAGCCCAAAAUACAUCCGUAAGAAGUAAUGUGUCCACUAAACAUGUUUCAUACAGGGUUGAAGACAUAGCUGCUGAUUUUGAUGCUUCCAUGGAUCAUGAAAUUAACUACUCUCCAGUGAACUCUCCUCACAGAAUGGAACCAGAGCCAGAAAGUUGUCCAUCCAAUACAAACUCAGAGUACAUUAGGCCUGAUGAUCCUCUAAAUUUACGUAAUGAUUUAAGCUUUUUUGAUGACCAACCCGUCGCGAAUAGUAGUAUGAAUGCAUCAAAGAACCCAACUGCAACACCAUGGCGUAUUGAAUUUGAAAGUCUACCCAUUAAAUGGCAGGCAAACACAUAUGUGAAACCAGACAUGACUCCCGCUUUAGAAAGCUCUUUUGUCAACCAUUUUGAUGACAGCAAGAAGAAACAUGUUUAUACUAACAUGGUUACAGAAUCUAAUAUGGCUUUACCAGAAAUAGAAGAUGACGCUCCUAAAUUAAAGCAAACAAGCAUAAUUUCAUUUAUCAAAGAAGUUGUUGAGAAGCAAUCUAAUAGAAAGAAGAGGGGAGCCUCAGCCACACCUACAAAAGCUAAUUCAUUAUUUGAUAUGCCUAAUAUAACAUCAAGAAGUGUUGCCACACCAAGGAAAGAAACAUCCGGGGCUUCCAACAACAGUGCAGAAAAUGAAAUUUGUGACAACAAACCACAGAAACGUAAAAAUAAUGUUGAUAAUAAUCCCACUCCAGCAAAACUACCUCGUAAAGACAAUGAGAAUACACUAUUCGGUUUUGAUGACAGCGGAAACCAGGACCAAGAGAAUGUUUCACCAGUAAAAGUUAAUAAUAACAGAUUACGAAGCCUCAGGUCUCGAUCAGGAGCUGUGCUCAAAGAAAUAAAUAAGCAAACGGGACCUAUGAGGGCUGAAUUACCCGCUGCAAUGAAAGCUAAGCUUCCCCCAAGCUCAGAGGCAGUAGAGAAGAUCUAUGAUCACAUGAAGUCUGCCGCUGAUGCACCGGUAUUGCUGGAUAAGCAGGGAGAUGCUGAGGUUACAAAUGUUGAGAUGGCUGAUGGCUUGGAAGAUGAUAGCCAAUCAGUGCAUUUAUUUGAAGACAUUGAGUUAAUUCAUCAUUUGAAGCCAACCCGCAAAAGCUAUGGCAAGGCCAGAAAGGUGGCAUUCCAAAACACAUCCGACAGCUCAUCUGAGACCGAAGCUCGCAACCAGUCCAGUGAUGAUGAACCCGACAACCUUGAAGACCUGAGCUUCCAUCUGCCGCAGGUCAAACCCAAGAAAGCCACUAAGAAGAAGAAAACUAAGAAACAGGUGCUGUCAAAGAAAGAGAAAGCGGAGGUGGACGCCUGGGCAGCAAGUUUCAACUCUAUGUGCGAAGAUAUUGAAGAGUUUGACUUGGUCGUUGAGUAAAUCUGAAAAUAUCAAUGAAAUCAUGUAGCAGUCUUCUAAGUUUAAUGCAAGAACAAUGAAAAUAGGUUGAAAUUCAAUGGAGAAUGUAUCCUUUUCAUUGCUUUUGACUAUUUUUAUGUCUGUUUGGUUAAACUGAAGAUUACCACAGGCUUAUUAGAGU